AAAACUAAAUCUGUAAAAACAUUAGAUGAGUCCAACCCCACUCCUUCAAAACACACACAACAACAAAGUCGCUGAACUGGAACAAUGAUAAGGUAAUUUCCACAAUCAAACAAGGCUCACUUACCAUGCCAAGCACAAACAAUUCCCGCCGUCGCUGCUUAAAAGUGAGUGUGAGGAUAGUUUCACUUUCGACAGAGCGCAAAAAGGACAGUGCCGCCAAGUGCCCAAAGGAGGAAGUAGAAACAGUGGGCGUGACUUCAGCCCAUAACAACAACGCUCAUUCAGCAAGAGUUUUACAGAAGUGAGUAGACGGACUCAGUGCAAGUGCGCAAAAGCUUUUAAGGGCUUCACAUAAACAUGGAAGAUUCACCAGAGAAGAGCUAUGACCCCUUUGAUAGCACUUUGGUGUUUGUCGACAGGAAGGAUGACCUGGAUCCAUUCUCCUCAGAAGAUGGAAAUGGACAACUUAGGGCGCAGAUGUCCUGUGGUCAUGCUGUUACUCCUGAUUCUCUCACACAGUGGAGUUGCCACCAACUGGACCAGGGUAAUUAUAAAUUCAAAUGCCCUGCAAUAGUGGAGGGCACAAGACGAUGCAAUAAGCCCUGGUCUUAUCAGGAGGUGCGCCGUUUGGCUGAUUUGUCUGUAGAGGAGAUGCAGUACUUUGAGGAGAACAUCGCUCGUCUGGCUGCUGCGGAGCACAGCGAGAUUCAGCCUUGUCCUCGAUGUAAAAGUAAUGUUGAGAGGAAAGAUCUCACUAACCUGUGUGUGGUGUGCCCUGUGUGCACUGCUGAUCAGGGGAAGAGCUAUCAGUUCUGUUGGCAGUGCCAGAAGCCUUGGAAAGGAGCAGCUCGGCGCUCUGAUCACUGUGACAACGAUGGCUGCUCCAACAAGAACCUGGAGCUUCUGCAAACCUGUAAAACCAUCGACCUGCCUGAAGUGCAGGGGGCCACAAACUGCCCUUCUGUCCGAGCCUGUCCUGAAUGUGGCAUUAUAUUAGAGCAUAGUAGAAAAUACUGUAAAAACCUCAUUUGUCCUCGUUGUCAUGCAGAGUUCUGUUUUGUGUGUUUAAAACUUAAAGAGACAUGUAAUAAGACCAGUACACCAUAUAACCUGUGUCAAGGUGGAGUGGCCCCAAGACAGACUUCAAUCCCAGUGUGGAUCGAAUCUAGACAGGAGAGUGAAAGUGUGGAGGAAGUUGAUGACAUAUCGCUUGCAGAGCCAGAAGAACUAUACCUACCUGGACCCAAAAAGCGACGGAGAUGGCCGAGACUGAAAAUCCCUAAAGCUCUUGUCAAAUUAAUAAAAUGACUGAAAUUGCCAUCAUCACAUUUAAUAUUUGUAAAACCAGAUCUGUAGAAUAAUGCAAACUUUGAUUUCUUUGUUUUUGUAAUUGAUAAUACAAGAUCACAUAGUCUGUGUACAAUAUGUAGCACCAUCUUCUAUCCAGUGUUUGAACCUCAGAUGUAUUUUAUUGUAAUGUUAGCGCGUGUUGUAAUACAAAUGCACCUUCACUUUGACCUGUUGCACAACUCCUCUGCACAAUAAAGACAACUUACCUCUAUGUUGA